AUGUCAAGACUUAUGGAAGUGAAUUCUGAUGUUAUGCCAUAUGUUCAAACAUCUUUGGCAAAAGAUCCAAGCCCUGACAAUGACUCAAGUGAAAAAGAUAAGGAAAAUGUUCCUGGUCAUGCUUCUCGUAAGAGAAGAAGUAAAAAGAAAGUUGAGCUUGUUGUCAACGUUGAAGAACUUACUUCUAAUGAAGAACCCCUUACAAACAUUGUUACUCCUAGUAUUGCCAAGAGAUUGCAGGGACAUAAAGGAAAAACUGUUGCUUUUGAAGAUUCUCCCUCCAGGGAAGUGCAGAGAAAAGACAUCACGCCUAUAAAAAGAUCUGCUAACAAGAAACCUCAUGAUGCUAUCUCCAAAGUUCCACUGGACAAUGCUUCUUUACAUUAUAUGAAGAAUGCAGAAAGGUGGAAGUAUGUCAUUCAGAAAAGGGUAGCUAUAGAAAGGGAAUUGGGGAAGGAUGCCCUUAAGUGUAAAGAGGUCAUGAAACUUAUAGAAAUUGUUAGGCUAAUGAAUAUUGUCACACACUUUGGAACUUGUUAUAAAAACUUAGUAAAGGAGUUUGUGGUGACUAUACCUGAUGGAUGUGAUGAUAAGAAGAGUGUUGACUACGGUAAAGUUUAUGUGAAAGGAAAUGUUGUAACAUUCUCCCCAAUUGUGAUCAAUAAAUUUCUAGGAAGAACAGAUGAACCUCAGGCUGAGUCGGAAGUUACUGAUGAUCAGGUGUGCAAAGAAAUCAUGGCCAAGCAGGUUAGACAUUGGCCAAACAAAGGAAAGUUGUCUGUUGGUAUGCUAAGUGUAAAAUAUGCCAUCCUUCAUAGGAUUGGUACUGCCAAUUGGGUGCCCACUAAUCAUACCUCAACAAUCUCUACUGGUGUGGGAAAAUUCAUAUAUGUUAUUGGUACAAAAAAAGUGUUUGACUUUGGAAAAUACAUAUUUGAGCAAGUGUUGAAACAAGCCUUCUCUACUACUGUAAAAAUGCCCAUUUACUUUCCAUCCCUUAUUUGUGGAAUCAUACUAAAUCAACAUCCUGGUAUUUUGUUUCCCAUUGAUAGUGUGAAGAAAAAGGAUUCUCCAUUAUCACUCCACUACAAACUCUUUGCAGGAACUUAUAUCCCAGACAUUGUUAUGACAUCCUCUCAAGCACCUGUCCCUGCCACCUCCAAGAAGAGUGUCAUUCCUCAACUGAAGGAAACAUGA